GUCAAGAAGAACGCGGAGUGAUCCUCGCGUAGUAGUCGUCGGAGAACGAUGGUGAGGAGCGGGGGAAUUCUUCGCCUCCUUGCCAUCUCGAUCCUGCUCUUGCGCUCUGCACCCAAUGCCGCGUCGUGGAGCAUCUUCUCCAGGAGGACGUCCAAAGACGAGGCCGGAACGCCGCCGCCGCUGACGGUCGCCCCCGGCUUCUCGAUCGACCCCCGGGGCGCGCGGCUCGUGGACAACGCGCGGCGCCGGAUCGAGGGCCCGGCGGCCUGCUGGGCCCAGGCCUACACCCGCCUCUUCGCCAGCUGCGCCGACAUCAUGGCCGACAAGGAGCUCCACUCCAGGCUCGCCUGGCACCUCAGCAGCUGCUUCCAGGAGGACUCCGGCCGCCCGCCGCUCCCCGACUGCCCGGACCGCUCCGCCAUGCUGCACUGCCGCAGCCGCCUCUCCGACUCCGAGGACAAGGUCUUCCUCGAGUUCUUCCUCGAGACCAACACCCUCUGCCACCAGCUGCAGGCCGAGGCGUUCAAGCGCAGCACGGAGAGGCUGGUGAACGACCUCUCCAGGGCGUCCAAGUCCGCGCACGACAAGCUCGAGACCAUCGAGGAGAGGUCUCACCGUCUCCUACAAGAAUCCGAGAGCAUCCGCGGCGAGCUGUCGUCCGUCGCCGCGCAGACCAAGCACCUCACCGCGGCGUCCGCCGCCGUCGGGGCUCAGAUGGGCCAAGUGCUGGACCACUCGAGGGCCAUCUCCGAGCAGUCCAAGGAGAUCGCGGCCGCGCAGGCGGAGCUCAGGGCCGGGCAGGCCGCGAUGAGGGGCGCGGUGGACGCCGGCAUGGCGCGGGUGGAGGAGUCCUACAAGACCCUCGGCGACGGGAUGGACAGGCUCAGGGACGACGCCGCGGCCGUCGAGAGGGGGGUCAGGGCCGUCGGCGACGCCGUGGCGUCGAGGAUGGACGGCCUGCAGCGCGCCGCCGACGACAUCGGGAGCGCGGCCGGCAGGUCGCUGGAGAACCAGAUGCGGCUGCUGGAUGGGCAGGCCAAGGCGAUGCGAGAGCUCAACGAUCUCCACGGCUUCCAGGCACGAGCACUCGAAGAGAGCCGGGAGACGAUUCAGAGGCUCGCGCAUUUCGGCCAGAAGCAGCAGGAGGAGCUGCUGGCACGGCAAGAGGAGAUCCGGAGCGCGCACGAUCAUCUCAUCCAGAAUUCUCACUCGAUACUGCAAGCUCAGGAAGAGUUCAGGGCGAAGCAGGCCAACAUCUUCGCGGCACUGGACAAGCUCUACGUCCUCCACAACGCCAUCCUCGUGGAGUCACGGUUCAUCAAGGCCUUCUUCUUCUAUUGCUGCAUCACCUUCCUCAUCUACUUGCUCACCAGCGCCAAGCAGACGUUCGACAUCAGGGGCCAGCUCUAUUUCGGUCUUUGCGUUACGAUUAUGCUGGAGAUUGGAGUGAUCAAACUGGGAGCUGACGACUUCAACACUCAGUUCUGGGUCCUGUCCAAGGUGCUGCUGGUCAGAUCAGUGUUCCUCGCCGCCGCUGUCGUCCAGAUCUUGCAGUCCAUCUUCACAUACAAGGAUUAUGAUGUUCUGAACCAUCAUCUGCUCCAAACGCUGGUCGAGAAAGUUCGGACUAUUGAAGGCAAUGCCUGCGGCGGAGGCAUGGCAUAUAAUCCAUACAUCUCCGAGAAUGAUGGAAGCCUGAGCAGCUACUCCUGGAUCUUCGACGAGUUACAGGACGAAGUGGACAGCAGGAUCGAUCCAGACUUCGUGCCGUCAAAAAAUGGCGUUCUACUGGAACAAAUCGGCGAAAACUCAAUCACCAAGUCAGACUCAAGGAGAUACAACCUCCGUCCGCGCAUUAGACCGUGCUAAUAGCAUAUAGAUUACGGCAGUUCUGCCAUAGAACUUGUAAAAAUAUCAACACUGGACUGAAGACUGAACUUUUGAGUUAAGUUGAAGAUCUUCUAGAUGAAUGGAAAGAAAACAGACAAUGUAACUGAUUGACAAGGUAGCAGAUAAA